UAUGCCAAUCCAUUGUGCAAAUAUCAGAGUACUGGCUUAGGAAUAUGAGUGGUUCGUUGCCGCUUGAAGGAAAUGAAAACGACAGAAGUGCUGUUGAAGAAUCGGCUACAGAAAACGAGGACUUGACGAAACAGCUCGAUGAACGUACAGCCAAAAUUGCAGUUUAUCUCGGAACACUAGGAAUGUUUUGUGAUGGAUUGGCAAGAACUCUCCCUUUUCCUUUUCUUCCUUGGAUGGUGCAGGAAUUUAAGAUUAAUGGAGAAUUUGUAACGGAAGAUGAAACAGGUUACUACGUCGGCCUCAUUACAACUUUGCAAUUUGUGGGAAUGGCAUUGGGAAGGAAGCUGAUUACUAAAUGA